GGAACAUCCCACGAAGGUUGUCAUUUGGAAAUUUCUCUUUUUCUUAUCUUUAUACAAGCAAAUCAAAAACCAGAAGAUAACACAUUUCUAAACAUCUCCCAUUGUCGAUUCUUUUUCUGUGAGAAACAAAAAUAUGAGCCUAAACUGCCUUGCUUGCCACAUCCUGCAAAGAUCAAACUCGGACAUAGAUUCAAACAUUACUGAAAACUUCGUAAUUCCAGGAUAUAAAAAUAUGGGAAGGAAAAGACCAACUUUGCCCGCAGUGAGACGGGUCAAAACGGGACAUCGCAGGCUACAUAGUGCGGAGGCCAUGGUCUAUGGGGAUCUUGACGAGCCGAAGCUGGUCAGAAGCAGUGGGAUCCGAAGGGAUUGGAGCUUUGAGGAUCUAAAGAAACAAAGAGAUCAGAUAAGAAUUGGAGAUGCAAUAAAGGAAUAA